UUUCGAUUCCCUCUUUCCCCUCACAGUGGACAUUGACCAGAGAAUCUAUAAGAGCCCUUCGAUUCUCCCCACUGCCAACAAUUAUUCCAUUGUUGCAUUCUAUGACAUAGAGCACUUUCCAUACUCAUACUUCCGAAAAUUAACAACUGCCUUAUCGACUCGAUCGAUUAUCAAUUCUGCCCCGCCAUCUGAUUUAAACUGCGGCCCGCCAAAAGUCAGCCGCUGUCGUCACCCACGGUUGAAUCUAAUCAUCCUUCCAUCUCAUUCAUCCAUACUUCGUACUCCAUCCCGAGUCACAACAGUCAGUCACCCUUAUCUGCCUUCGGUCCCCUUUCAAGUCAUCCUCUCCUCCAUCAUAUCGCCCUAUCACACAUGUCUCGCUACGGCGACUACCGUCGCUCCACGGGGGCUCUUGACGAUGACCGCUACCCGCAUGAGCGGCGGGAGCGUCGCCACCGUCACCGUUCGCGCGCCCCCUCGGUGCUUGAUCGCCCCCGCCGAUUCGAAGAGGAUGAACGUUUCGAAUACCGCCUCCAGGAACAAGACCGCUACGGUCCCCCUGCUCGUCGCCCCGACAUUGUUUACCAGGACGAUCAUCUGAUCCACCCGUCUGGUCCCCUGGUUGCCUACGAUCGCCGUCGUGCGGAGAGCCCUCUGCCUCGACCUCGACUUCUCCGGCGACAAUCCUCCCUGGACACAUUUGAUCGGAUCCCCGCGCGCAAGUUAGACGAAUACUACUACAGUGACCGCCCUCCUAGACUAUCUCCAAGCCCGCCACCCCGCCGUGGAUCUUACCAUCGAACCCGCGAACCCGACUACUACGAGGAAAUCAGCAUUGCGGAAGGGGACUAUGGAGAGGAAGAGUACCGGGGCUUUCGCGAACGGAGCGUGGGACGUCCCCGUCGCUCGGCAAGUCGUUUUCGUGAGAGACGAGUGGAAGAAAUCGAUGUGGAAAAACCGUAUCCUCGGAAAGGCAAGACUCGCAUGCCCCGCAAGAUGGUUCAUACCACUGCGAUCCGCGAGCUUGGCUACCCGUAUGAGGAAGAGGGUAAAAUGGUUGUCAUUCAGCUGGCUCUGUCCAAAGAACAAAUUGAUGAGGUCAUUGGGAGAAGUCGCGAGAUCAAGCGCCUGACCGAGACACGCGUUAUCCACACCAGCUCGCCAUCCCCAGUUCGUGCCCGCCGUCGAGACAGAACUGUGGAGCGAGUUCCCAUGGAGGCCUAUACCCCUCGGACCAGCCAUGACACUCUUAUCAUCGAGGCGUCGCCGUCGCGGCAUCGAUCGCAUUCGCGCCACCACCAUUACCACCACCCUCAUGGUGAGCUUCUGGAAAAAAAAGUGACCAGGACUGUAUCCCGCACCCGAGAUAUUUCGGUGCAUGGACGACCCCGUCGUCGAUCCUCGCCAGUGCGCAGAUAUGAGCGUUACGAGGAGCAACCUAGCAAGAUCCACGCGGGGCCCCUGGCAGUCGUGGUGCGCCCCCGCGACAGUGACGAAGACCUGCGGGAAUAUGCGCUUGAGCGACGUGGCAGCGGAGAAUAUGUCCGAGACACGGAGAUCAUUGGGGAUGGGGUUGCGGAGGAGAUCCAUGAAGUGAAGAGAGAGCGCAGAGGUCCCAGUUCUCGUAUGAUGCGUGCGAUGAUGGCGACAUUGACGUAAUCUGGUUGUUCUUGCUCCUUUGACGCUGACUUACGACUUAUCGAUUACCCUUUCGGUGUUUCUUAUUAUGAUUGUGAUCUUCUUUUCCCAUGCUGCUCUCCCCUUUGCUUUCUUAUCAUGUACUAUAACAGCUUGGCUGUGUUUCUUUCUGUAUUAUGUGACUAGCCCGGUUUGACGAUCAUUUGGCGAAGAUAAUGACGACUAAGCGAGCAACGAUGACUAUAAACCAAUACUCAUGACUCAUGGACAAUCAA